CCAACCACAGCUGAUGAUCCGCUCUAGAAAGUACUGGAACUCUCACUCCUGGCCCGCUGUUUGACCUGUUUGCGGACUGUGGCCUGCCUGGGGCACCAAAUUUACUCGACGUCACCGGAAGGCGGUCACUCACUUACAACCGCUCGCUGACUCAGCAGGGACUGGAUCGUCCGUUCGCUGGCCACGAUCAUGUUUGAUUCUGGAUCAACGAGAUCGACCACAAUGCUGAUUACACUCACAAGUGAGGAUCAUCGAACUCGCGGUGUGAUUUAACCCCGUUUAACGUACACGGUAACGCUGUCAACCUGAGCUCAUUCCCGGCUAUCUCACCACAUUGCCGAGGAAUCCUGUGCGCUGAGAGAUCAUCCUGCCUUGAUAACCCCACCUACUGCAACGGCCCAGUCCAUAGAUAUUGUAUUCUGAGCCUUGUACCGAUACGGUCCCGACCUUUCUGAAUUACCUUAUAUAUCUUCCCCACCCUUGCUGUUCACAUACAGGCUAUUCGCCAUAGGCUCCACAAUAUCAAAGGUCUAGUAUAGAGAGAUCAGUGUGUUAGCCCGAUUCAUCAUGGAGACUCUCAAAGCGGUCUUUUUCGGUCCUGAUCCUCAGGCACAGAUGAGAAAAUGCAACGCACUCAUCCGCGCCAAUACUCGCCAAUUGGACCGCGAUAUUGCACAGCUCAGGACUUUGGAGAACAAAACGCGGCAAUACAUUAUGAACGCCUCCCGUCGAGCCGAGCGAAAUCCAUCACAGUCGAAGCAGGCCACUAAGGAGGCUAAGACGUUUGCUCGCGAACUGGUUCGGAUCCGGAAACAAUCCACCCGUCUACACACGAGCCGAGCCCAACUACAGAGCGUCCAGAUGCAGGUCAACGAAGCAUUCUCGGUGCGCAAGAUCCAGGGAAGUCUGAAGAAGUCGACUGGGAUCAUGAAGGACGUCAACACCCUCGUCCGACUACCCGAAUUGAACGCGACGAUGCGUCAACUUUCGACCGAGCUGGUCCGGGCUGGUAUCAUCGAGGAAAUGGUAGAUGAUGCGAUGCCAGACAAUGAACUCUACGAGGAUGAACUGGAUGAGGCCGAGGAGGAGGUUACUAAGGUCUUGCAGGAGAUCUUGCAGGGAAAGCUUGCGCAAGUCGACGCGGUCAAAGCCGAGGAGCCAUUGGAGGAGACUCCCGCCGCCGAAGAGCAGUUCGAAGACCAGGAGGCCACUCUCGAACAAAUGAGAGGCCGACUGGAAGCCUUAAAGAGCUGAGUGCGAUGAACCCCGGAUUGAGCCUAUGUCUACGUAUGCCUGUAAUAUGAUGUUACGAGCGACCCUGAAAUGCUGCCAAAAGCAUGGUUCUUUGUUAUAUAUUCAUUCUUGGAGUUCGGCCGGUGGAGCACGUGGGGUUUGGUUCAUUUGCAUUUUUUUUGUGUCUACUUUAGAGGCAGGCCCUGAUUUCCAGAGUAUGCAAGGUUAUUUCAGCGUUGUCUCAAUCCAUUGUCAUAACUUCUAUAUCGACCACAUGGUACAUGUCAUUAUCAUUCUUGGAGUGGGUCGAGGGUCUUUGCCUUCUAAUCCAUACUUGUAUAGGUGAGCCAUGGCAUUGAUGCUAAAAAUGACUCUAUUAACCCAUGAAUAAUGAAUAACGAUGAAUUGGAGGUAUA